UACGUCGCUGGGUCCAUCCAUGAUCCAACCGAGGCCGACAGUGUGCCUUGGCCAAACCCAAUCCUCCAAUCUCACAGCGUCAAGACUAAGUAGUCAAUCGUAGAAACAAACACAAAAGCUGUCAAGCAAACUCUACGACCCAUCUGUCCCUCCCGCCCUUUCGACACUUUCACGGGGCUACGCACGAUAUCCAGCUCGGUGGUUGUCCAUUGCCAUUGCCAACGCCAAUGCCUCGCCGUCGCCGACGCAAUAGCUGACAAGCCUUCCCCUCGUUCGCGCCAUCGACCAAAGCUCGCCCACCCAGAAUCCCGCUCCACGCUCCCUAGGCCGCCGUUCAAGCUUGACGAGCUAGCCCAUGGCUUUCGCAAGCUUGAAGGUCGUCCUACUUGAGCUGCUGCAGUGCCGGUGACGCUCUCUUCCUCGCCAACACACUCCCGCCCUUUCGGAACAAUGCCAGCUUUAACACGCGGUCUCGCAACGCGACGAAUACCGCCGUAUCAUGAAACGGCGCGGACCCUCUCGUCACCAGCUAUGCGAUGUGUAUAUUCCUCCCUGGAUACCGGCAUCGGAACUUCCAUUGACAAGCCCACCUCUUCCGCACUCCCCAGGCACCCGCCCCGACGAUGCUACACUACCCAAGAGCCAACCCCUCGAUGGCUUUCGAUUCGGACCCGCACGUCACUCGGUUACGAACAAGGAAACAUACUGAAGACUGACAGACUAUCGAGCUCGACAAGCCGGCGACUCUUUCAUAACUACUUCGUCACCCAUCUCCCAUCAUCUUCUCUGCAUCCCGACUCCCGAACGUCAUCCGGCCCCGGUCACAAGCUGCCCCGCGAUGCUUCGACCCCCCACAAAGUAACGCCGGGGUCAUCUCCAGUGGCCGCAGCACUCAGCAUGCCAAGCCGAGAUCUUACAGUAGUCCGGAUCCCGCUCAAGAGAGCUAAGCAUCAUUUUGGCGUUUUCUCUUCGAGGGGUCAACGGGGGUACAACGAGGACACCAACCAAGCCGGCACUAUCAACAUGCCGGCUUUUGCUAAAAGGGCCCCUAUCAGUCUUCAGAGGCGACCGAUCCAGAAACCAAACGAGGCGACAUCGGCCGACAGCGCACUUGGUGACCCCCAGGUCUUCUACUUUGGUAUAUUCGACGGACACGGCGGAUCUCAGUGCGCCGAGUUCUUACGUGAUGAGCUGCAUGGCUACAUCGAGCAAUCCUCUGCCGAGUUUGGCCUUCAGAGUAGCUUGGCAAGGAGCCCGGCACCAGAGACGGGUCGCAAGGAGGAAGACCCGAAUGAGGAGCUCUUUAUGAAGACAGAAGAAGAUGUCAAGGACGACAUUCGUGUUCCCGAGGAAGACAAGCAUGGCGUUUUGACGAAUCCGGAAAGAGAGGAGCCCAUGAAAGGGGCCAAACCAGUCUCAGCCAAAGUAGAAGACAUCCCAAAGGCUAUCAAGUUGGCACAGGAUCUUGUGGAAGAGUAUCGUCAGACUGUCGGAGGGUACUUUCGGCGCUUCAACCCCGAGUACUUUCAACUGUCGGAAGAGAAGAUGAACGAUGCCGACGAGCCUGGGGUGACGGUUGAGUCCGUCCUCAUGUACGCCUUCCUCAGAGCAGACUUGGAUUUCAUCUCUGCCCAGGCGCGCAAACCCGAUCCCGACGACCCUCAAGCAAACGAUCGCCCCGUCAAUAACGACGAGAUCCUUGGAGUUCCACACAAGCCACCAUCGGGCCACGGCAUUGGUGGCCCGGCUCGCUUCAAGGGCGGAUCGACGGCAUCCGUGGCUCUCAUUUCGACGCCUACUCCAGCACCAUUCUGGCAUCCUAAUGCGCAGUCUACCCUGAUUGUUGCUCACGUGGGUGACACCCGUAUACUUCUUUGCACAACGGCUACCGGCCUCGCACAACCCCUGACGUCAGACCACCACCCAACCACUCCCACGGAAAGCCGUCGUCUCCGCCGCUAUGCGCCGGCCGGUUCAAUGGUCUCGGCAGACAGCUUCGGGGAGGACCGGAUCGCGGGGCUGGCCAAUAGCCGCGCAUUCGGCGACAUGCGAAGCAAACGCAUCGGCGUGUCGGCCGAGCCAGAAAUAACCCGCGUCGAGAUUGGCCCAGCGCAGUAUUCCUUCCUAGUCCUCAUGAGCGACGGCAUCUCAGGCACACUCAGCGACCAGGAGAUUGUCGACGUGAUCAAGGAGGCCAGGACGCCCGAAGAGGGCGCCAAGGAUGUCGUCAACUAUGCCACCGAGGUCUCCCACGACGGCGACAACGCCACCUGUCUGGUAGUCAGACUCGGCGGCUGGGAGCGAAGGUCGGAGGGCGGAGUUGGUAGUCUCGGCACCAAGGAGAUCCGUGACAAGAGGAGGGCAGAGGCGCUGGAUCCUCGGCGCGGCAAGCAGUAAUACUUUCAACCACUGCGGGAUAUUCACCAUGCAUAUCCUGUUCAAAAUCAUGGAGCAUUGUUCACCAUCGUUAUCACAUCUUCAGGAGUUGGGCAUCUCGGAAUGGGCUUUCAUCGGCUGGUCUGCCACAUAUGAGCAUUGGCAGGAAGGGUUGGUUAUUCGAGAGGGAUAAGAUAAACCAUAACAUACAAGUCAACAAAUACGAACAUCAAGCACAG